AUGACUUAUAGGAAACAGUAUGUGGUCACCAGACCAGCGUACUCGGAGGACAGCUUUGCGGAAGAACACAAGAAAUUCCACCGGUUGCAUAAAACCUCACUGGAUCACAUCAAAGUUUGCUUUAGCUGGGACACGAAGAGGUUGAAGAAUGCGACACUUUCACUUCUUCCCGUGGUGAGCUGGGUGAGAACGUAUCGAAUCAGACAGUGGCUGCUGGGUGAUGUGGUGUCAGGGGUUAGCACGGGCCUGGUGGCCAUCAUGCAAGGACUGGCCUUCUCUCUGCUGGCCUCGCUGCCUCCAAGCUACGGUCUUUAUACUGCUUUCUUCCCCGUGCUUGCCUACUUCUUCCUCGGCACGUCCAAACACAUUUCUGUUGGCUCGUUCCCUGUUCUCAGUUUGAUGGUAGGCGCCGUGGUGACCCGUCUGGUUCCAGAAGAUGGACCACCAGCCAACAUUACAGACUUUGAAGGGCUCUCACAGGACCACCAAAGGGUCCUGGUGGCAUCCUCUGUGACCUUCCUCAUGGGAAUUUUCCAGCUAGCUAUGGGAGUUUUCCAGGUGGGCUUUGUCGUCGUGUACCUGUCGGACACAUUGGUGUCUGGAUUCACAACAGCAGCUGCUGUUCACAUAGUGGUCACUCAGCUCAAGUUUGUGUUGGGCUUGAAUGUCCCUGGCAUCAACGGUCCUCUUUCUAUUAUAUAUACUAUGGAGAAAAUCUUUGUUCAGAUCACUUCCUCCAAUGUGUGUGACGUGGUGAUGUCCGUCAUCAUCAUGGUGGUGGUGUUCAUCGUAAAGGAGCUCAGUGAUCGAUACAAAGCCAAGCUGCCUGUGCCUAUCCCCAUAGAGGCCAUCAUAACAGUCGUAGCUUGCUCUGUGUCCUACGGAUUCAACUUUGAGAAGACAUACCAGGUUCAAGUUGUAGGCAAUAUGAUUAGCGGGUAUGAGUCACCAAUCGCCCCAAGUGUGGAAGUCUUCCAGGAGAGUGCAGUAGAGGCCUUUCCUAUUGCCAUAGUGGGCUUUGCUGUAGCCUUUUCUGUGGCCAAAGUAUACUCAAACAAACAUGACUACACCAUAGAUGGCAACCAGGAGCUCAUAGCAUUUGGCGUUAGCAACAUGUUUGGUGGAAGCUUCCGGUCAUUCGCCGCCAGCACUGCUCUCUCCAGGACAGCUGUACAGGAGAGCUCAGGGGGCAAAACACAGAUUGCAGGGCUUGUUUCAGCCAUGAUGGCGAUGCUCGUUACCGUGGCACUUGGGUUUCUGCUGGAGCCACUUCCCAAGUCCGUCCUCGGUGCCUUGGUCAUCGUCAACCUGAAGGGCAUGCUGGUGCAGUUCAGAGAAAUCCCUUACCUGUGGAGACGGGACAAAUUUGAAUGUGUAGUGUGGGUGGGCACGUGUCUCAGUGCCAUCUUGCUAGGGCUGGAUCUCGGGCUGGCGGCUGGAUUGGGGGUGGAGCUCCUCACGGUGGUCUUCCGAACUCAGUUUCCACACUGUUCUGUCUUGGCCAACAUCCCUGGAACUGACCUCUAUAAAGAUCAAAAGGACUACCUGCAUAUACUUGAACCUAAGGGAGUGAAAAUCUUCAGGAUCCCCUCUCCCAUCUUCUUUGCCAAUAUAGAGUUUUUGCGGGACAAGCUUCUUGAGGCUAUCGGAUUUAACCCUCAGAAGAUUCUGAGAAAGAGGAACAAGGCUUUGAAAAAAAUGAAACACCUGUUCGAGAAGCAGGGAGAUACAAUUACGGAGGUUGAAAAAAAUUAAAUAAAAUCCUUCCAGAAAAACAUGUACCCCAAAGACCUUCCGUUCCAUGUGGACUGGAACGCAGAGCUUCCUGCCAACAUCAGUGUUCCCAGAGUGGAUCUCCACAGCCUGAUCUUGGAUUUUUCUGCAGUCUCUUUUCUGGAUAUCUCAGCUCUUAAGGGACUCAAAAUGGCUCUCAAGGAGUUCAUACGUGUUGAUGUGGACGUUUACAUCGCGUCAUGCGACGCGUGCAUAUUGGAGAAACUCCACAGCUGCUUGUUCUUUGACGAUGACAUUCCGACUUCCAUGUUCUACCCAACCAUACAUGACGCCAUGCUGCAUGUGAUCCACAAACACAACAUGGAAACAAAAACAAAAUUGGAAGUAAAACAAAAAUUCAAACGAUGCAUUUGUAAUUAAAUGAAAAGCACAUGUCAUCAGUAAAACAAAAUACGCUGACAAAUAUAAAUGUGUGAUUUCAGGUAAUGGGUACCCGUCUGUAGAGGAACAACAUUGGUUCAAACCAGAAAGUCAUGCUGCACUCAACUCAUCUUUUUAUACCAUCAAUAUACUUACCCUAGAAUAGGCCUUUUACACUUAUUAAACACAUUUUAAAUUCAGUUUUACUAAAUAAGAAACAAGUACAGGCAUACAGUAUUAUACUUACAAAACAAGCAGUUACGCAACACCAUUUCUUGUCACUGCAUCUUCCUGCUGAAAAAUGUUGCGUGAACGGACUUGUUAGACAGCGCCCUCUGCUGGAUUCAUAGCUGCAGCACUGUUUUCCAGUGCCUGUAGCACUGUCAAACCACCCACGUUCUCACUAAGUUAUUAUAAGAAAAUACUUAUUUACAAUUUAAAGCAGACAAACGAAAGCUGCAAAGAAUGAAUUAAUAAUUUUAUAAAAGGAGUUUAAGAAACCAUUAUUUCUGUAUUAAAUCCAAACUUAAAUGCAUACGUACAGAUACAUCCAAACAGAUGGUUCAAGUCCUGACCUGGAUCCGAACUUGUGGCAAGAGUUGAAGACCAGCUUGAAGGCGAAGAAACCAAACAUGACCCAGCUUGAGUGUUUCGCCUAGGAAGAAUGGGCCAUUUUCCGAGAGCAGACAUGCAGGAAGCAUCUGGAAGUAGUCCUACAAAACUACAAAUGCACUCGAGAGCACAGACCUCUACCAGGUGUCCAUCAAUAACAAUCCUGAAAGACGAGAGUGAUCUAGACCAGCACCAAAAUGUAAUCACAUGUUUUUUAUUCAAUUUCUGACAUAUCCUGAAUGUUUCAUUAAAAUUAGCGCAAACCUUUUUGCUUUAUGUUGCCAAUUAAAAAAUUGAAAACAAACCCGGUGGAGGUAAUUUAUGGAAAGAUAUAUGCAAUUGCCUUGUCCAUGUUAGUUUUGUCUGUUGCUUGCAAACAGGCUACAUAGUUCACUCUCUUCAUCAAUCUCAGCAGCUGAGCGUAUUUGUGGCGGAAUUAAAUG